AUGUAUCCGAAUGAAAAUUAUGAGAAAGACAUAAAGUACACCGUACGAUUGAAUCGCGUCAUUUGCCGUCUGUUGGGCAUUUGGCCGGAGACGGAGCCCUCGUUUCUCAAAAAUCUCAGGAGGAUCUCACUGGUAUCGGGCUGCUACUUCCUCCUCGGUUGCGAGCUGAUCCCGACGGUCCUGUACAUCAUAUUCGUGGAGAAACGAACCCGCGUCAGGCUGAAGCUCAUCUCGUCGGUGAUGUUCACGAUACUGGCGGUCCUCAAGUACAGCAGCCUGGUGCUCAGCGAGAACCACGUGAGAAACUGCCUGGCGCGCGUGAGGGACGACUGGCGAAAUGUCGCGAGCGCGAGCUCUCGCGGCUCCAUGAUCAACAAGGCCAGGACCGCGAGACGUUUGCUCAUCCUGUGCGGCAUAUUCAUGUACACGUCCGGCUUGUACUUUCGCACGAUCGUGCCGCUGAGCAAGGGAAAGUCCGUCAACAGUCAGAACGUCACGAUCAGGUACCUGCCGUGCCCGAGUUACUUCGUUCUGUUCAACGGGCAGGUCAGUCCCGCGUACGAAAUCAUGUUCACUAUACAGUUCUUCUCCGGAUUCAUCAAGUACACCAUCACGGUGGCGAUCUGCAGCCUCGCCGCUCUCUUCGUCAUGCAUAUAUGCGGGCAGCUGGAAAUAUUAAUGGGGCUGAUAGACAGCCUGAUGAACGAAACGGAGGAAGAGAAUUUGGGCAAAAAGCUGGCCUUGGCCGUGGAUCAACAGAUUAAGAUGCGAAAUUUCUUACGAUUGGUGCAGAGCACUUUGGAAUAUUCGAGCUUGUUAGAAGUGAUGGGAUGUACGAUAGUUGGAGAGAAAUUAGCAUUAACAGUGUGUACGUUGGCUUGGUACCGUCUUCCGAAUGCAAAAGCACGAGCACUGAUAUUAGUCAUAGCCAUGUCGAUCGUCCCGACGAAACUUAGAGCUGGGAAGUUCUUCGAUCUUUCCAUCAGAACUUUCGGUGAUGUCGUUAAGACGGCUGUGACGUAUCUUAAUUUUAUUCGGAAAGUGAUGGAGUAAUAAUUCGACACCUCUCUCUUACACAAAAAUAUUUGG